AGACGCUGAUGGACGAGUGGAAUGAGGACCUGGAGGGAAUGGAGUCGUUUGUGUUGGAGGGCAGGAAGUUUGUGCGUCUACCCGACGAAGAGUUUGGCCACUUCCACACACACGACUGCUAUGUCUUCCUGUGCCGGUACUGGGUGCCGCUGGAGCGCGCUGAGGAUGGGGCGGAGGAGGAGGAGGCGGCGGGGGAGCAGGACAGCCAGAUGGAGGAGGACCUGCAGUCCGUCGUCUACUUCUGGCAGGGCCGCGAGGCCUCUAACAUGGGCUGGCUCACCUUCACCUUCAGCCUGCAGAAGAAGUUCGAGAGUCUCUUCCCCGGCAAAAAGAUGGAGGUGGUGCGCAUGACCCAGCAGCAGGAGAACCUCAAGUUCCUGUCGCACUUCAAGCGCAAGUUCCUUAUCCACAGGGGCAAGCGGCGCGCCACGGAGAACGCUCUGCAGCCCAGCCUCUUCCACCUGCGCACCAACGGCAGCGCGCUGUGCACACGGUCCAUUCAAGUGAAUACGGACGCAGGUCUACUCAACUCGGAAUUCUGCUACAUAUUGAAGGUUCCUUUCAACAGCGAGGACAGCCCAGGGAUUGUGUACGCCUGGAUUGGCCGUGCCGCUGACCCAGAUCAGGCCAAGCUGGCGGAGGAAAUAAUGAACACCAUGUUCAGCAGCGACUACAGCAAGCAGGUGGUGGACGAGGGAGAGGAGCCGGAGAACUUCUUCUGGGUGGGGAUCGGGGGCAGCAAGCCUUACGAGGAGGAUGCCGAGUACAUGAAGUACGCACGCCUCUUCAGAUGCUCCAAUGAGAAGGGCUACUUUGCCGUGUCAGAGAAGUGUUCCGACUUCUGUCAAGACGAUUUGGCAGAUGACGACAUCAUGCUGCUUGACAACGGCCAAGAGGUCUACAUGUGGGUGGGCACUCAAACCAGCCAGGUGGAGAUCAAGCUAAGCCUGAAGGCCGUUCAGGUGUACAUCCAGAACAUGCGCAGCAAGGACACGAGCCGCCCGCGCAAGCUCAAGCUGGUGCGCAAGGGCAACGAGACGCUGUACUUCACGCGCUGCUUCCACGCGUGGGGGGAGUUCCGCAAGCAGUGCGAGUGAGCGGUGACGCGCCCCCGGGCUCGCUCGCAAAAAAACAUCAACUUCGCGGUCGUAGAAAACAAACUAACAAGUAUAAAAAUGGCCCGGUCGCUCCCUCUCGCCCCUUACAUCUGCUCACAACUCUCUUCUUUCCGUUAUAUGCCUUUUAAAGGUUGAUCCAUUUAUAAUUACCCCACUAAAAUACUAGGGGAGAUGUUGUAGGUAAGGGAAAAAACCUAUACAGUAGAACCCUUCUUAACGACCACCCCAGUUAACCACGAAUCGCUUAACGACAGGCCUCUAGAGCACAGUGUUCGCUUACCGACUAUUUCUCUGUUAACGACGGGCUGUUUUAGUUACAGUAAAUAUUAAUGAAUCCAUUGAUUUACCAUGUUUCCUUUAAUAUGUGUUUAUAAUGUUAGUAUCUUUGUGCAUUAAUAUCCAUUGUUUAAAUAUUAUCAAGUCCGUUUUUUGGGUGAAAAAGGGUAACUUUCGAUGCUAUCGGAAGGAAUUAAGCCAUUAACGUGUAUUUCCUAGACUCGCUUAACGACCACAUCACUUAACGACCGGUUUCAUAAAACCAAUUACCGUCGUUAAGAGGGGUUCUACUGUAUUUUAAUUCAAGGCCGCAUACGUGUCUCGCACCAAUCCCAAGACGCUUACCACCUUUCCUUCCUGUUCCCCUGUGAGUCGCGAGGUGACACGGUCCAGUGGUCACACAUUCGGGUCCAGCGGUCGCACGUUCGAAUCUAGCGGCCGCCCUGGUUAAUGAUUGGGCACCGGACAUUUAGUAGCAAGUGUCAGAGCACGAUGGCCUCUUCCGCAAAACCCGACCAUGUGAGUUACAGCUCGAUCACAUUCCUCUACAGUCCACACUGGCAAAUUAUGAAGAAUAUAACUGGCAACCGCUUUCAAGGUGUUAUUAAUUGUAGAAAUACUUACAAGCCCUCAUGCGUCACAGUGAUUGUUAAGGAUCCCGUGACAUCAUUCAAUUGCGUGCCGGCGGUCAUGGUGCAAAUUUGCCAAAUUUGAGGAAUUCUGCCGCGGAUUACUUGGUUGGAGUAUACACACGGCACUCACCGACCCCUGCCGUGACAAAUUGGCAGGACCUUCUGGAAAAAACGAGUCCUGAGAUUCGGUGAAGCCCUCUUGGGUAAACAACCAUUUGUUAACAUAAUAACAGAGCCAUCAUUUCACAACAGUUCAAUCACGCCUUUUGAGAAUAAAGUAAAAGGUUGAUUACAAAUAAGUGGGGCGCUAUAAAUGGAUCGCCCUUGUAUAUCCCAGCUAUCUGUGGAUGAGCUACAUGUGUGGCGGGCUUCUCUGUAACUCCCACAGCACAAUUUAAUUGAGGCCACUCAUUAGAUGCGGGUGAUGUUGUGCACUUUUAAAUCUAGAAUGAAAACUCAUUGCGUUCGAACAGUUUUUUGUGUUUUGUUUGUUGUCCUUCCCCCGCACCUCCGAUUUGCACGCUUGGCUACGUACGGUGCAAACGGAAGUUUAACAUGCAGACAUGUUUUACUUAUAGAUGCAGGAGUUCAUUUUCAUUGACGCUGAAGUGAAAAUGUUAUAUCUUCAUUGAACUCCUUGUGAUUCGAAAGCUACGCGCAGCUUUCGUUCAAUAUGCUCUUGCACCACUGCUCAUGCAGUAUUGCAGUUGCUUUCUUUAACUUUUGCCGCAAAAUGGUACACAAUUUAUGGACCCUGGAGGGAAGACGGAAGUGAGCCGACCCUUGUCCGAGAUCUCAUUCAGCUUGGGGCGUUGGGCGGCAUGCGAAAGUUGCGACGCGGCUCGCACUCGUGGGGAUAUUUCACCGUUUUAACUGGAGGCUCCAGCUUUUGCCAGAGGUCUGCAGCGGCACCGCUCGAAACAUUCCCAACAAGUCCUUGGCCCGCGUAUACUUAUACAGCACGAUUGUUUACUAGAAAUGUCAGUUGCUUUGUGACCGCCAUUCAUUCCGAAGUACACAAUUACAAUUGUGCAACUCAGCACGGGUCUCCUUUCCCCAGUUAUCCACGGUUUAUGAUGAUCCAUCACACGGCAAGGUCAAGAACCUGUUGAACCUUCACCCCUCAGCCUGCCGGUGGCUAAAAAGCAUUCUAAUGCCCAUGAAGGGACAUGUCACGCCGUGUCCACUUAUCCUCGCCGCCCCCCCUGCUCCCCCACGGAUACUGGAGACCUUGGGUGGAUCGCUGGAGACAAUGGCCACAUUGCAGCCAAAAUUACUAAAGUCACCAGUGAGAACAAGGAUCAGGAGAGCGUGUGGGUAAUAGCUACUCCACUAAGGACAUAUUGGUUAAAGUGCCUCUACGCUCGCGCAGUGCUCAUCACUGUUGGCAGCCCCGAGUCAGUGAUGGAAAUUGCACAUUCCUAUGACAAGCACCAGUCCUCCCUUGGACAACCAACUACUGUGGACAUCUUACAAAGUGCUACUGAAUUUACUGACCCCCCUCCCCCACUCGGGAAUAGGUUGAAUUUGUCUCCCUGAUCUAUAUUUGAAGCCCUCGGCCUUCUGACUGGGCGUAGCGUUUGUGUCCAACGGCUGGCCAUGGUGGUCGGAGCCUAAACCACGGUCUCGUUUGAAUUCGCACCAGCCUAGGAUAAAAUAUGUUUUGUAAUCUUGAGUGAAUUGGGAUGUAUUUUUGUAUUCAAUUCAAAGUCCUUGUGCUAAUCCGAUAAAAGUAUUGCUUAAAUAUUU